AUUGUGGCCACAAGUUAGUAAAUUGAGUGCUACGGAUGUCACCUUUAUGCCACCGUAGCCUACCAAAAAACUUAACUUUUGAUUGAGAUGUAAGCGGACAAAGAAUAUCGAUUACCUUAUGAAAACUGUUGAUAUCAACGCAUUUGUGAUUUAGCUGUGUUAGUGUUUAUUUAAGAAUUUGUGUCUGCAUUGUUACAAACAUUAUAACAGAACGUGAUCUUCAUCUGUGUCAAGGACAAACGUCGCCUGUUUGCACACAAGAUCGUCUUUGGAAACGAGGUUGUUCAACGAGCCAUGCAAUCUACCGCUUACUAUUUAACAUGCCCGGGUGUCUCUGAUUUGCGGAGGCUACCAUAGCUGGCUGGCAGUUAGACAAACGGUGCUUAAAUGUGUGGACUGCUGGAAUAAGCGAAAAACUGCAUAUUAAAGUAUUGAAUACAGUGUAAUGGCAAAACAAUGGCCUCUUAUCGGGAUUCGUUGAGGGAAAAGGAGGCCCAGAACUGGGUAAAGGCCGCCCUCGCCCUCAACAUCACCAAGGAGGGUUUACAAAUUUUUGUGGAGGAGGUGCUGACAUGCGUUCACCAGGACAUCUAUAACAACGUUAGAACAUCCAAGGGUCUUCCAGGCAGGACAACAUGUGUACAAUGUUUCACAGAGAACGUGUUGAAGUGCUCCACUCCUAAGAUAUGCACAAGUAAAAAAAACUGCAAAUUUCAUAACGGCCCUUCAAAACAGUAUGUUCCUUGUCCAAAUGGGAUUUGUGAAGGCGUCCGUGAUGAAAUAGUUCAACAUCACAUGUUUUUGGGACCAUCAUGGAAGAACACGAACGCAGACAAAUGGAGCACCAUUCCCUGGGAGAUAGCCAAGUGUUUUCUUCCUCCUGAUGGCUACAAGACCGUGUCCUCCAUCAAAGACAGUGACUUUAAUGGUGUGAUCAGCGUCAUGAUGAAUUGCAAGGAUUUCCAGAACAAGCUGUCAUUUAACAUUGCAACACAGGCAAAUUUGUUAACAGAGGUUCGGGACAUUGGUCGACGCGUACGCCAUUCCCAUGACCAGAGGGUCAAGAACACAGAACUAGUGGACUUUGUUUUCAAGCUACGCACCCUGCUGGAGGAUAAGACUGAACUUGCAAACAGACCAGAGGCACAACACGCUGUGGAACAGCUUAAGAAGCUGCAAACAGACGAUUUCAAGAUCAGUGCUGAGAACGAAGGGGAGAUAUUGAAGGAAGGAUUACGACUACGUUUGGCAAACCAUUACCGAACCACGUUGGCCGACAUGCCGAUAUCUCCCAUUCUCGGAGAAAAGAACGCCAAACUCAGGAAAUUCUACGUGGCACCAAAAAUUGUGGAGAAAGAUCAUCGAAAAAUAGGCAAAAUUGACAACAAAGAAAGCGGUCAAAAAAUUGCAAAAUUUUCAGAUGUUUUUAUAAAAGAAAUUCAGUUGCUCAGAAAUGUUUUCCUUGUUGGAGAACCGGGCAAUGGCAAAUCUACAUUCUCCGUAAUGUGUGCCCUGGAUUGGACUCACCAGUAUUUACCAGCGGAGGAAAACGUCGGUAUUAAAACAAGCUUUGCCGACCCAGAAUUCUUCAAAGAGUUUGCAUUUUUGUUUCAUAUCACCCUACGAGAUUCAGGUAAAACGUGUGAUCUAGCACAAAUGAUCAAGGAUCAACUUAUACGUAAAAUCUACCACGAGAAGGAUGCCGAUGAUGGUUACCGGCUAUUACAGACGGUGCUGGAAAGUGAAACAUGUUUAAUCAUAGCUGACGGCCUCGACGAAUGGACCCAUCCGGAAAACGUAAACUGUACCUGCAAAACUGAGGAAAAAGUCAUCCCUUUCAGAAAUUCGGCCAACAAGGCCACACUCCUCACGACAACGCGUCCCUGGCGAAUGUCACAGUUUAGAGUGCAGGAUUCAAAGAUCGACAAAUAUCUUGAAAUAGAAGGAGCAGCAGACACAGAGCAACUCGUGGAAAAUAUCAUCAACAUUCUUAAUGAGGGAAAUAAGGAUGAAAUGACACUAGAGGCUUUCAUGAAAAUGGUGUCAGCGAAAGGUCUUAAAGGAUUAUUGUCGGCACCUAUCAGUAUCACCCAGCUGGUGUGCCUCUGGUUCGAGGGCAAAUCGUUAACCGAUUCAAAGUGUGACAUUUAUGCUGGCGUGAUAAACAUGCUAUCAUGUAGACUAAAAUGUAUGCAAAGCGGGAAUAACAUUCCGGAAAUUGAACUGCCAUCUGUAUUAAAGGAACACGAAUGCUUCUUGCAAAAUCCCAUGGUUUACCUUGCGCUGGCAAAGUUAGCAUACACAACUUUGUUUUCAGAGUGCAGAGAUUCGUCUGUUGUCUUCAGCAACAAAACAGUCAACGCUUUGUUAAGCAGGGAGCAGGUUGAAUUUGCAUUGAAGUCAGGCUUACUCACUGAGAAGAAAUCCAACUCUUUGAUCAAGAGAUCAUCUCACUUUUCAUUCUUUCAUAAAACACUUCAAGAGUUUUUAGCGGCUCUUCAUUUAUGUUUAAAUGAAAACGACUACAGUCAGCUAUCAAACAAGUACGAACAAGAUAAUAAGGAAAAUAUCUUGGGAGAUGUUUCUCAGACAUUUAUUUUCAUAUGUGGAAUGAAGCCCGAGCUCGGUGUACAAAUGUCUUCAUGGAUCAAUAGUUCUAGACCACCAUACCGACCAUCAAUCGACAGUGAAGAGGCUGAACUACUUCGGCACCUGAUUCUCUCAGGACACCGUGAAGCCAAGGCGAACAACUAUGGUGACAUACCGCUCUAUCUCGCACACUUCCUUAUUCAUAGUGACGCGGAUUUCGUAGUGUUAAAAAAGCUGAUGAUGAUAAACAAGGAACGUAUUCAGUCACUAUUCAUCUAUGAAUGCAAUGAUCAAAUUAAUGUGGAAGAGCUGCAGGAGGUGAUCACAUCCUCCUCCGACUCCCUCAAAAAAGUGACACUGUGGAAAGGUAAUGGGCAGUUUGACCUGUCCCAGUGUCACAGGCUGGAACAUCUGCGUAUAGUGGGACGCAAUACAACACGUGUGCAGGUUGAUCCAACACAUAUUACAACAUGUGACUUAUAUAGUGUAUCAUCGAAUGUUGAAAUGUACAUAUUCAGAUUAUUUAAACACGAUCAAAGGUGGAGUAAACUACAACGUGUUGAGUUAGGGGAAGUUAAGAAUGUCCAGUUACUUGUGGAUACACUACCAAGUCUCCCUCAGUUACAACGCCUUGAAAUACUGAAUACAGAUCUAGGUGAGCUCCACCUCCUCCCUCCAGCCUCCAUCACCGAUAUUAAACUUGUGCGUGUGAAAAUGACAGCGGGGGCGGUGCGGAGUCUGAUAGAGACGAUGAAGAACAUACCACACACCAUUACAUGCGACAUGCACUCCUGCAAGGUGAAACCUGCCAGUGAGAUGAAAUACAUCGUAGAACAUAUCAACAGUUCGCCGUCAUUCGAGGUUCUCGGAUUUGACGAUACGAGUUAUUUCAAAUUCACCAAAAUGUGAACAAUAAGUUAAAAGUUCGCAUCGAUGAUGGGAAUUCAUGUUUGAUGAAAAACAGUGGGAAGUGUCAUUCUAUUUAUAGAAAUAUAUGUCACUUUUCCCGGAACUAAUUAUUAUCAACCACUUUCUAUGUGUAUUUAAUUAAUUUGAUUUAUGUUGUGUAUUUGCAUGCAUCCUGAGUCCUUAAAAAAUUGUUUGGUUAGGGUUACAUCCUUUUCAAAAAUAGGUAGGGUAGGUAGGCUUUUUUUUUUUUUUAUUUAUCUUUUUUAUUUGGCUUUAUAUAAGAAUGUCAUUUUCAUCAUUGGAGAAUGUUGUUAAAUCUUCUAUAUAAGCAAUUAAGGUUUUAAACUACAUAUUGAAAAGCAAAAACAAAAAAAAAAACAUUUUUUUUUUCAUUUUUUUUUUUUUUUCAUUUUUUUUUCAAACUGACUAUAAAAACGGUAGGGUCGGCGCCUAUUCCGUAGGUAGGGUCGGGUGACCCGAACCAAAUGUAUUUUUUUUAGGCCUAAAAUAGAUUUAACUGGACACAGCAAUGUCGUUGUGGCAGACGUUAUUAAAUAUAUCUGAUGGGGAUGAAAACUUUCUUAAUUAUAACACAACAGUCCGUAAUCAACACGUGCAAUAGUCGGUUUAACUUGAUCGACAUUUUUAUAAGAAUCUCUUAAUAAAGCAACUCAUUUCCUAGUUUAAAGCGAUAUCAUUUGAUAAAUGUUAGGUAUUUACUUCGCUUAUGGAUUAUGAAUUAAUGGGAAAUAUUUAGUUUUUUCUUUAUUUACAAUGGCAUCCUUGCUCAGCUGUAUUUUAUAUUCUGUAUUAGAGGAGUAUACCAAUAACACGUUGACUUUUUAUGUUUAUUAUCGAUUACAUAAAUUGAACAUUAUUAUGAAAUCUACAAAAUGAUAUUAUGUAUCAACAAAUACUACAAAAGAAAUAACCAAACAUUGAGUAGAUUUAGUAACCUAAAUAAUAGAAUAUAUAAUUGCCUAUUAUUUAACAUAUCACACAAUUUGAUUAUAACUGAAGAAUAUAUGAUUAAACGUUGAAAAUAU